AUGGCUGGUUGCAACGGAUUAAGACCGUGCAGUACAUGUGAUAAACGGGACCUAGAGUGCCUGUACACGCCGACAAGCCAGGAAACCGGUUCGCAAGAGCCCCUUGGAUCACCGUCUAAACGUCGACGUAUCGACCAGUCACCGAGGACGUUGAAGUUAGAAUCUGGUCAGACAAUCGCGACGCAUACUCCGUUUUUAGCGUCGUGGGAUCAGUCUACUAACAGGUCGAUGAGCCUAGCAGAAAUAGAACCGCUUGAAUCGAGCGAAAAGAAACUCAUGGGGACGACACGUCAUUUGCUCGCCAACAACGACCGCGAGUUCGAUACUCGUUCGCGGAUCAGCAAUGUUAGUGGAGCUGCAGACGAAAUAAGUCGCAUCAUGUUUAUACCAAGGAUGCUUCAGGAUAAGACAGGAAAGCUACAAUACGUCGGGGAGUCGGGGAGUCUUGCUUACUUGCAGUUGAUUCGCAUAAUCGUUGAAAGUGCUUCCGGGGUGUCUCACUUCACUAAUGAUCCCCUUAGGCACAACAUAUUGGAGAAUAGCAUCGAGCUCCCGCCAGGCACGAGGUUAACUGGGGUUCUCCCAAAUAGAAAGACAGCUGACAUACUAGUCGAGUCAUUUUUUGUAAAUACAUCGGGGCUUGUGGAAGUUUUCCAUAAACCGGACUUCCUCCAGCUGGUGGAAGAAUGCUACAGCAAUCCUCUAAAUGCUAGCUCGCCAGAUUUAUGCAUACUGAACCUGGUUUUCGCUGUCGGCCUAGUUAUUGCUCGUCCAUUGCAGGGGACUAGUGAGGCAGCCGUGAUUGAAAGCCUGCACUCCGAACCCGUUAAUCGUGCUGAAUUGUUCUUUCGAAAUGGCAAGAAAAACGGUACAGAGUCGGGAUUUGAGGAUGCAGACUUCUGGUCAAUCCAGGCCCUCAUUCUUAUGUCUCUCUAUAAGUUAUCAAUCUCUGGAAGGAAUGCGUCACACGCCUACCACGGAAUGGCAGUGCGGUCUGCGCAGGCGUUGGGAUUACAUAGAGAAGAAGAAAGCAUAGAUGUCUUCGAUCCCCACAUCAUUCACCUUCGGAGAAGCGUGUGGAAGACUCUAUUCGUCCUCGAUCGUAUCCUUGCAGCGAGUCUCGGACGUCCUAUGACUAUAUCAAUAGAGGACUGCCCCGAAUAUAUGCUUUACCAUUCGAUAGGCGCUACAACCGACAAGCGCAUGAUAGACGAGGUAACAGACUCAGCGGCGCUAGACGUUGCCGUAAGAAGUUGUCAUUUAGUCGGGUCGAUGCUUAGGAAAGUUUACGCCGAGAGAAAGGUAUCAACUCUUGUUGCACAGGAAAUCGCAGAUCGCCUCGAAAGUUGGGAGCGAGAACUACAUCGGGAUUUUCAUUGCCAACGGCUCUUGGAUGGUUCAGUUGACUCAUCGCAAGUUAUUGCCUCCCUUCAUAUCAACCUCCUACACUGCCACUCAGUGCUGCUCCUUACAAGACCUUUUUUUCUAUAUCUUCUAAAGAUGUGUGACGACUCGUCUAGGGGUUCUAAGAAGCCGCCUCAUGUCAGUUCAAGAUUAGAAAGGUUUUCUCAGGCCUGCGUCGAGGCUUCGCAGCGUACGAUAAUCCUAGCACGAGCCGCGUUCGAUGCCGAAUACUUGCCACAGUGCAAUCCUUUCGUAAUAUAUUUUGUUUUCUCGGCCGCUCUUAUCCUCUUAAGUAACGAGUUUGCCUCAUUGUACCAUAAUCCCGAUGCGGACAAUGCGAUUCGCAGUACCUUCAUCAUUCUCCAGUACUGUAAGGAGAGAGAUGCUAUAGCCGAGAGAGUCUUGGAAAUCAUCGAGCUCUUUCACGAUGCAAACAUAAAUCGACCUGAGACGGCCAAGAGAAUACAUUUACCUGGCCGCAAGAUACCGACCAUGUUACAUACCUUCCAGGGUGAACCAAUGCCACCCUUAUUCCGCCAUGCCAAAAUCGAACGACAGGAGUUCUACAUGAGUGAUGUGGCGCCGGCAAAAGAGCGUCAAAUAGUCGGUAUACCGGCAGCGGCUUCGGAACAGAAUAUGCGUCCCAUGAUGGCACCAAUGCUCCAGCAACCCAGUCCAGAAGGGAGUGUGUCGUUGAACAGCGGUAUCACAGCCGCGAGCAUGGCACCGGGAAUGGAAGCCCUCGGUAACGUCGAUUCGGAAAUCGACUUUGAUAGCUUAUGGCCAGCCUGGCGGCGUCCUCCGUCUACUAGCGGUAUGGAUAUCCCACCGCCCUUGCAUCAUAUAGAGUCAUUUGGAUCUUAUGGGCUUCAUCAGCCGCCGAUGCCGCAUGGGAACAAUCUCAACCACCCAUUUCCGCCUUCAAAUUUUCGUUAA